AUGGGGACGAUUUGGCCGGUGUGGGCUCUGUGGGCGGCGGGGGCCGUGCUCGACUCGCGCAUUACGCGGGUGGCGACGCCAGAUUCCAAUAUCAGCACGCUGGUCGUGGUCGAGAAUGCAACGGCCUCCGUUCAACAGAGAGGCAUCAUCCUGGGAAGCAACUUCUAUUGCUGGCGUGAGUUUCACGAGCCAGAUAGGGUUGACGCGGCGCACGUGCGGUUGCGCCCUCCCGCGGCCCGC